GCAAUCCCAGACUCCAUGAGGAAGCAGGAGGUGCACACAGGCAGGGAGGCUGGCCAGGGCCGCGGUGCUGGCUCCCCAGCCGAGCAGGUGAAAGCCCUAGUGGACCUGCUGGCUGGGAAGGGCAGUCAGGGCUCCUAGGCCCCGCAGUCCCCUGACAGGACGCCAGAGUCCCCGCUGAGGCCCCAUGGCAAUGACUUGAGGAUACAGAGGCACUGAGAGGCCCUUCUGAACAGGAUGGGAGGCAUCCCUGAGCUGGGCAGCCCCUCCCCCAGGUUGACCCACCUCCUGCUGGUGGAGGGCCUGAUGGACCUGCAACUGAGGGAACACGACUUCACACAGGUGGAGGCCACGCGUGGGGGCUGGUGCUCCGACAGGACCAUCGCCCUGGACAGGCUCUUCCUGCCUCUGUCGCGGGUGUCCAUCCUGCCCUGCAUCUCCAUCACCAUUGGGGUGGCUGGCGUGGGCAAGACCACCCUGGUGAGGAACUUUGUCCACCUCUGGGCCCGGGGGCAGGUGGGCAAGGACUUCUCGCUGGUGCUGCCUUUGACCUUCCGGGAUCUCAACACCCAUGAGCAGCUGUCUGCAGACAGACUUGUCCGCUCUGUCUUCCCACACAUGGAGGAAACUGGCCUGGCGUUAGCAGCCCUAACCAAAGUCCUCCUUGUCCUGGACGGCCUGGAUGAGUGUAAGACGCCCCUGGACUUCUCCAACACCAUGGUCAGAGACCCCAAGAAGGAGAUCCAAGUGGACCAUCUGAUCACCAACAUCAUCCAGGGCAACCUCUUCCCAGGUGUUUCUGUCUGGGUCACCUCCCGCCCCAGCGCGGCUGGCCAGAUCCUGGGGGGCCUGGUGGACCAGAUGACCGAGAUCCGGGGCUUCAAUGAGGAGGAGAUCAAGAUGUGUCUGGGGCAGAUGUUCCCUGAGGACCAGGUCCUCUCGGGCUGGGUCUUGAGCCAGAUGCAGGCUGACAGGCCCCUGUAUUUGAUGUGCACUCUCCCAGCCUUCUGCCGUCUGGUGGGGUCAGUGCUGGGCCACCUGCACUGCAACAGGCCAGGGCCCCAGGACGCAGAGCUGUGGCCUCUGAGGACCCUGUGUGAACUCUACUCAUGGUACUUCAGAAUGGCCCUCAGCAGGGAGGGGCAGGAGAAGGGCAAGGCGAGCCCCUGCAUUGAGCAACUGGCCCAUGGCUGCCGCAAGAUGGUGGGGACACUGGGCCGGCUGGCCUUCCAUGGGCUGGUCAGGAAGAAGUACGUGUUCUAUGAGCCAGACCUCAAGGUGUUCGGCGUGGACCUUGCUCUGCUGCAGACCGCCCUGUGCAGCUGCUUCCUACAGCGGGAGGAGACACUGGCCUCGGCAGCCUACUACUUCACCCACCUGUCCCUGCAGGAGUUUGUGGCAGCUGCCUACUACUAAAGCGCGUCCAAGAGGGCCAUCUUCGACCUCUUCACUGAGGGUGGCAUGUCCUGGCCCCGGCUUGGCUUCCUCACGCACUUCAGGAGUGCGGCCCAGAGGGCCAUGCAGGCCAAGGGUGGGCGGCUCGACGUCUUCCUGUGCUUCCUCUCAGGCCUCUUGUCUCCGAGGGUCAAUGUGCUGCUGGCCGGCUCCCUGCUGACCCAGGGCGAGCACCAGGGCUACCGGGCCCAGGUGGCCAAGCUCCUGAAGGGCUGCCUGUGCCCCAACAUGGUGGUCUGUGCCCGGGCCAUCAAUGUCCUGCACUGCCUGCGCAAGCUGCAGCACACGGAGCUGGCCCACAGAGUGGAGUAGGCCAUGGCAAGCAGGGGCCUGGCUGGGCUGACCAGUCCCCCACACUGCGCUGCCCUGGCCUACCUCCUGCAGGUGUCUGAUGUCUGCGCCCAGGAGGCCAACCUGUCCCUGUACCUCAGCCAGGGGGUCCUCCAGAGCCUGCUGCCCCAGCUGCUCUACUGCCAGAGUCUGAGGCUGGACACCAACCAGUUCCAGGACCCCAUGAUGGAACUGCUGGGCAGUGUGCUGAGCGGGAAGGACUGUCGCAUUCAGAGGAUCACCUUGGCUGAGAACCAGAUCAGUAACAAAGGGGCAAAAGCUCUGGCCAGAUCCCUCCUCGUCAACAGAAGUCUCACGACUCUGGACCUCCGCAGUAACUCCAUUGGACCUCAAGGGGCCAAGGCACUGGCAGAUGCUCUGAAGAUCAACCGCACUCUGGCCUCUCUGAGCCUCUAGAGCAACAGGAUCAGGGAUGACGGUGCCAGGUUCAUGGCUGAGGCCUUGGCUGCCAACCGGACCCUCUCUGUGCUGCACCUGCAGAAGAACAGCAUUGGGCCAGUGGGAACCCAGCAGAUGGCAGAGGCCCUGAAGCAGAACAGGAGUCUGAAGGAGCUCAUGUUCUCCAGUAACAGCAUUGGCGAUGGAGGUGCCAAGGCCCUGGCGGAGGCCCUGAAGGUGAACCAGGGCCUGAAGAGCCUGGAACUGCAAAGCAAUUCCAUCAGUGACCUGGGAGUGGCAGCGCUGAUGGAAGCCCUCUGCACCAACCAGAUGCUCCUCAGCCUCAACCUGCGAGAAAACUCCAUCAGCCCAGAGGGAGCCCAGGAUCUGGCUCGCGUUCUCCGCACCAACAGCACCCUGAAGAGCCUGGACCUGACAGCCAACCUGCUCCACGACCAGGGUGCCCAGGCCAUCGCAGGCAGAGAAAACCGCACCCUCACAUCCCUUCACCCACAGUGGAACUUUAUCCAGGCCGGUGCUGCCAAGGCCCUGGGACAAGCGCUACAGCUCAACAUGAGCCUGACCAGCCUUGAUUUACAGGAAAAUGCCAUCGGGGACGAAGGCGCUUCUGCAGUGGCCAGUGCGCUAAAGGCGAACACAGCUCUCACUGCUCUCUAUCUCCAGGUGGCCUCCAUUGGUGCCCCUGGGGCCCAGGCACUCAGGGAGGCCCUGGCUGUGAACAGAACCUUGGAGAUUCUUGACUUAAGAGGAAAUGCCAUUGGGGUGGCCGGAACCAAAGCCUUGGCGAAUGCUCUGAAGGUCAACUCAAGUCUCUGAAGACUCAAUCUCCAAGAGAAUUCCUUGGGAAUGGACGGGACGAUAUGUGUUACCACCGCACUGUCUGGAAACCACGGGCUACAGCACAUCAAUCUCCAGCGAAAUCACAUUGGAGAAUCUGGUGCCAGGAUGAUCUCAGAGGCUAUCAAGACAAAUGCCUCCUCAUGCACUGUUGAAAUGUGAGCAAAACAAGUUCCUGGUGGACCAGGCAGAAGAAUGGCAGAGACUCAGCUGGAAGUUUUCCAACAA